AUGUCCGAGAGAGGAAGUAAGACCCCUAAAAAGACUUCCAAAAAAAAAGAUGUCGUUAUUGAGCCCCCCUCACCCGAAGAUAGCGAGGAACAAGUUGAUCAAUUAACGGGUGACCUUGAAGAUAUGCAGGUUGAUCAAGCAAUUCUCUUGGAGACGGAUAAAGCCAAAAAAAGCAACGGAUACCCCGAGAGCGAUAGUACUUGGGAAUACGAAGAAAAUGUAUUCUGUCGACCCUUGAUCACAGCAUAUUGGGAUGACAAAGAAAAAUUCUUAGACAAUGAAAGAAAAGAAGAAUGGCGAAGCCAGCCAGAUAUAAUGAAGGCAAAAAUGACAGCUCGCUCUACCAAAGAUACUCUUAUCAGUAGAGAAAAUUCUGUUCAAACUCCUUCACAUACCCACACCACUAGCACUCCUGCGAGUCCCUCAAGAAUUCUUCGAGAAAGAACACCAGCAAAGUUAAAAAAGAUGAGAAAAUUUGCUAGAAUGGAAUCUUCAGCGUCGGAAGCAGAGUCAUCUGAAAAAACGAAAACAAGCGAACAGAGAAUAGAAGAACAAGAGGAAAUUCAUGGUCAUUCGCCAGACGAUGAAUUUGAUCCGGUUGGAAUUGAAGGAAGUUGGGAACCGUUGGUCAAAGAAGUUAUCACCGUCUACCCAACUUCUGAUCAAAACGUGUUGAAAGUUUACGUAUUAUGGUAA